AUGGCGAACGGCGGCGGCUACGGGUGGGCCCUCGCGGCGGGCUUCAACGCCGCGCUUGCCGCCAUCUCCGCCAAGUUCUUCUCCACUCUGUUGCUGAAAUAUGGCAUGGUGAUACUUUUCAAUGUGACAAUGUGGGGGUGCUAUGUCAACAGCCUCAAAGCUUUGUCAUCCCUCCAGGCAACAGUGACAAACUUCGCCGCCAACUUCAUCUCGUCUGGGCUUGCAGGGUAUUUCCUGUUUGAAGAGCCCCUGCCUUCUAAGUUGGCAUAA